GAGGGAUGGAAGCGAGUCUCUGGCUCUCGGGUGAGGUACAAAGAGAAGGGAAGGCGAGGAAAAGUCAGGGGUGAUAUAAACCACCAGGACCUACCACCAGGUCCUUCAGCGCUGCCACAAUCCAGGGGUUCUGGGACGUAUCUUGACUACUUCAUUCAUUCUGUAAACGUUUACUGCACUGGUUACCUCAUGACACUGUUGUAAGUGGCCUCUACAUACGUUUCGAUUCCUGGCUGGAUGUGGUCAUCACGCAGGUGAUUGGGGAGAAGCUUAAACCCAACAAGGCGAGGUAUGAGUGAGGAGCUUCCACCAGAAAGGAGAGGAAAGGAACCGGGAGAGAAGAUGAGGUUUCCAGCAGCAUCCGAGGGUUUGUGAAGACCGGGGGAGGAGGAGGAGGAGGGUGGCAGCAGCAGCAGCUCCAGUGGAGGCGACCUUUGCAUCCAGCUGUGCUGUAUGAGUAGCUCAGCUGGCCGAGACUGUGCAACCAGCACUGCCAUUGUCCGUGAGGCUGCGUUAUAGCGAGAAGAAAUCUUUUUCUCACCACCACACCUCGGAACACCGAAAAGGCAAAAUGCGCUCUGAUUCCCCCCACUCCUCGGUGAGUGCAACGCCAAAUCCCAAAUGCCCGGCGAAGAGAAGGAGGAUUUCCUUCCAGAACAUGUUUAAUGGUAAAUCUAAAGCGAAGCAGAAGCAGGAAGUAUCUGUCGCCAGCAUCGAAAGCAUCCACAUAGAAGCGACAGAGACUGAAAAGAAACUGCACUCGUCGGACAGCAGGACAACGUUGACAUCUUCAGAUUCAGCAAGGAAGGUGUCAUCUGGUUUUCUGGAAUGCCCCCUCUGUCUAGUGCGCCAUCCGCAGGAGAAUGUGCCCGAAAUCAUGACGUGCCACCACCGCUCCUGCCUUGACUGUUUGCGCCAGUACCUGCGCAUCGAAAUCACAGAGAGCCGUGUGAACAUCAGCUGCCCUGAGUGCUCAGAACGGCUGAAUCCAUAUGACAUCCGGAUGAUACUGAACGACCAGACGCUGAUGGAGAAAUACGAGGAAUUUAUGCUACGUCGGUACCUCGCUUCCGACCCCGACUGUCGAUGGUGUCCAGCACCGGACUGUGGCUACGCUGUGAUCGCCUAUGGAUGUGCGAGCUGCCCAAAGAUCACCUGUGGGAGAGACGGCUGUGGCACAGAGUUCUGCUAUCACUGCAAACAGCUCUGGCACCCAAACCAGACCUGUGACAAUGCCCGUCAACAGAGAGCCCAAAGUCUUCGGAUUCGUACAAAGCAAACAUCAGGUCUGAGCUACGGCCAGGACCCCGGCAACGCUGAUGAUAUCAAGCCCUGUCCACGAUGUGGGGCCUACAUCAUUAAAAUGAACGAUGGGAGCUGUAAUCACAUGACUUGUGCUGUUUGUGGCUGUGAGUUCUGCUGGCUUUGCAUGAAGGAGAUCUCUGACCUCCAUUAUCUCAGCCCUUCUGGCUGCACGUUCUGGGGGAAGAAGCCAUGGAGCAAGAAGAAGAAGAUUCUCUGGCAGCUCGGCACGCUGAUUGGAGCUCCUGUGGGCAUUUCUCUCAUUGCUGGAAUUGCUGUUCCAGCCAUGAUUAUCGGCAUCCCAGUUUACGUGGGUCGGAAGAUUCAUAGUCGCUACAAAGGAAAGAAAACAUCAAAGCACAAAAGGAAUCUGGCAAUAACUGGUGCAGUUACCCUGUCUGUCAUUGCUUCUCCUGUGAUAGCGGCAGUCAGUGUAGGAAUCGGAGUUCCCAUCAUGUUGGCUUAUGUUUAUGGUGUAGUCCCAGUGUCACUUUGCCGUGGUGGUGGGUGUGGAGUAAGUACAGCCAAUGGAAAAGGAGUGAAGAUUGAAUUCGAUGAAGAUGAUGGACCAAUUACAGUUGCUGAUGCAUGGCGAGCUCUGAAGAACCCCAGUAUUGGAGAGAGCAGUGUCGAAGGGUUCACCAGUGUCCUGAGUACCAGUGGCAGCCCCAUAGAUGGUGUGAGUGUAAUGCAGAGCAACUAUAGUGAGACUGCCAGCUUUGCAGCUUUAUCAGGCGGCACACUGACUGGAGGGGCACUAUCAGGGAGCAAUGGACAGCAUGCCAGGUUAGAGAUUCAGGCUGACAUUAAAAAAGGCUACAGUUUGAAUAAGGAUUCCAUCAGCCUUGGAGCAACCAGUGAUAAUGCCAGCACCAGGGCCAUGGCAGGUUCUAUCAUCAGCUCAUACAAUCCACAGGACAGGGAGUGCAAUAAUCUGGAAGUGCAAGUUGACAUUGAAACCAAACCUAGCCACUUGUGUUUAACUAGUGGUAGCAGCAUUGAUGAAUCCCUUCACAUUCACACUCGGUCAGUAGAGGGACUCUGCUGUGAAGAGAAAGACAACUCUUACAACAGUGACCACAGAGACUGCGUCAUCAGCAAAACAUGCGAUGUAACACUUGCUCAACCAGAAAGCAUAAAAAGCGAUGAAGAUAGCACAGACAGUCAGUCAGACGAUGUGCCUGACAUUAGUUAUGAUGAAUGUGAUUCACCCAGUCCAAUCAAUGGCAGCCAAUUGGAGAUUGCUGCUUCAGAUAUCAAGCUCUUAAACACUGAGAGCUUGGGGUGUGAAGUCGACGAACAAAGGCAAUAUAUUCUUGACAAAGAUGGGCAGCCUACAGAGACUGUAUACUAUGUCUAAACUCACAAUUAUCACUUAAUUCAUCAACACACAACAUGCACCUUACUCUUCAGCCAUGGAAAUAUAUUCGAUGUCUCAUUUUAAUGUGUUUAAAUGUACAACAUUACAUUGCACAAUCACAUCUUUGACAUAGUAAAUAAAGAUAUUGAUUGCUUA